GUACUUUUCUCACUUCUAUAUCAUCUCUGUGCUGUGGAAUGGCUUCCUGCUUUGGUGCCUUACUCAAUCUGUGUUCCUGGGAAUGCCCUUUCCAAACUGGCUUCAUGGUCUGCUCAGAACUCUUGGGGCAGCACAGUCCCGAGGUGGUGAGCGGGCACUUUCUGCCUUCUUGGUACUCCUAUUCCUGUGGCUUCACAGCUGGCGCAGACUCUUCGAGUGCUUCUACGUCAGCGUCUUCUCCAAUGCCAUGAUCCACGUUGUGCAGUACUGUUUCGGCCUUGUCUACUAUGUCCUGGUCGGUCUCACUGUGCUGAGCCAAGCGCCCAUGGAUGGCAGCCAUGUGUAUGUAAUAGGGAAAAAUCCAUUGAUGCAAGCACGGUGGUUCCACAUCCUUGGGAUGAUGAUGUUUAUCUGGUCAUCUGUCCACCAGUAUAAGUGCCACGUCAUUCUCGGCAACCUCAGGAAAAAUAAAGCAGGAACUGUCAUUCACUGCAACCACAGGAUCCCUUUUGGAGACUGGUUUGAACAUGUUUCUUCCCCUAAUUACUUAGCGGAGCUGAUGAUCUACCUUUCCAUGGCUGUCACUUUUGGCUUCCACAAUGUAACUUGGUGGCUGGUGGUGACAUAUGUCUUCUUCAACCAGGCUCUUUCUGCCUUCCUCAACCACAGAUUCUACCAAAGCAAAUUCGUCUCCUACCCAAAGCACAGGAAAGCUUUCCUCCCUUUUUUGUUUUAAGAUAACCUCAGUCAUAAGGAACGCCAGCUAGAUGACAGUGUAAAGUCGGAGACUGAAGUGCAAUUUCUGCAGGACUGGCUGAAAUUCUCUGUUCCACUUUUACAACAAAAAGAAUUUCAUCACGUACGCAGAACAAGGCCCCUCCAGAAGAUGACUCUGCAGAACGCCUUCAAAAAAGAAAUGCUUCUGGCAGACGUGUGGUUCACUGUCUGCUUUCUGCAAUGCCUUAUAAAGCCAGCCGAGUGACCACAAGUAGAUAAGACUUCUCCAGACUGCCUCACCAGGACACUAAGUGCGAGUACAAACAGGCUCUCCC